ACUGCAAGUCACACGGGGCCUAGCAAGGCGGGGUCCGCUCGGCAAACCGCGCAAAAUCUUUGUCACGAAGUUUUCCUGCCCAAACAGCGACCUGCCAUGGCUCUACACAACAUCUGACCUCAGCAUCUUUAGUAGCUCUUGCUGUACUUUGGGAAGCCGCCGGUGUGGCAGCAAAGUUUGUGGAGGCCCGCGUGUAAACCCUACGGGCCCCCGGCCCCAGCUGAGCAGGCGCCAGCAUGGGAAUUCCCGGCUUCAACACAUGGUUCUCGGAGACCUACCCAAAGGCAUAUGUGCCGAUGGGUGAAGUCCGGGUUGACCACCUGUACAUUGACCUCAACUCGGUGUUACACACGGUGAUGCGGCGAGCCCGCAACCACAACCACUUCCACAAGCUGCUGCACAAGCGGAUGCACGCCAUCCUGGACGCCACCUCCCCCACCAAGUCGGUCAUGAUUGCAGUGGACGGACCCGCGCCGCUGGCCAAGUUGCUCACCCAGCGUGAGCGCCGCAAGAAGACGGGCCGCACUGUGGACGAGGGUGAGACGCUGACGGGGGUGGCCAUCACGCCCGGCACCACCUUCAUGCUGGACCUCACGCACUCGCUCGCCUACUUCUGCUGCACCAAGAUGUCGUCCAAGCGCUUCCGCCACCUGGUGUUCGAGCUCUCGGACGGCACCGUCAUGGGCGAGGGCGAGGUCAAGGUGCUGGGGCGCCUGGCGCGGCACUGGGCCCCCGAGGACCCAAACGACACACACGUGAUCCUGGGCGACGACGCCGACCUCAUCCUCAUGGCGCUCACAAGCUACAAGGAGAACCUGUACGUGGCCAACAGCGGGCUGCACGAGGGCCGGCUGGACGCCGCCACGCCCGUGUUCGCGGUGGACCUGCUGCACGCGCAGUGGGCGGCGGCCUUCCUGGCGCCGCAGAUCGAGGCGGGGCAGCCCUCCGCCUCUGCGCUGCUGCACGCCAAGCUGGACCUCACGCUCAUCGCCAUCCUGGCCAAGGGCAAUGACUACCUGCCGUCGGCUCGCGGCGUCACCCUGGACACCCCCGGCCGCGUGGGGCUGUGGCGGACCUACCAGACCGCUGUCAAGGGCGGCGGAGGCGGUGCGGGCAAGGGCAGGGCCGCCAAGCACGCCGCCGACGCGGCGUCCGCGAACGCCGGCGGCAGUAGCAGCGGCAGCAGCAGCUACAGCUGCAGCCUGGGCUGCAGCGGCGGCGGCUGUAGCGUCACGUCCAUCGACCCCGACACGGGUCUACCGCAGCUGGACGCGGCGGCCCUGUCGCGGCUACUCAUGAUGGUGGGCGUCGGCACAGACGCGGGCGCCAGCGGCGGCGGCGACGGGGACGAGUGGCUGGGCGCCAAGGCGCCGGCCGACCCGCGACUGUACCUGCGCGGCUGCGUGUGGCUGCUGCAGAUGUACCUCACUGGGCAGUGCCCGGACUAUCGCUUCUAUUAUGACGGCAACGCGCCCACCGCCGCCGCCCUGCGCGGCACACUGGACGCCGCCGUCGCCGCCGGCGUCACCCACAUCCGCCUCGACACCUUUGGCGCGCCCGACCCGCGUGCCGCGCAGCCGCUGCUGCCGGUGGCGUGUGCGCUGGCGCUGCUGCCUGCCAACUGCGCCCACCUGGCGGCGCCGUGUGUGCGCCACCUCAUGGCCUCGCCGGCGCCCAGCGACGACGAAGGAGAGCGCGAGGAGGGGGCGGGAGCGGCCGGCGCGGCGGCGGCGACGGGGUCGGGGUCGGGGGGAGGCGGCAGUGGACCCGGGUUUGACGAGGAGGUGUAUGAGUCGCUGUACGGCGAGUGCCGCACGUGCCGCCAGCUUUCCACGGAGCUGUCGGCGGCGUCCCGGUCAAUCCAGUCGCUGCGUGCGGAGGAGGUCCGGCUGACCAACCUGUUGCGGUCCGUGCAGCGCGGCACCGUGCCCCUCGGGGAGACGGCCACGGAGGCGGGGCUGCAGCAGAAGCUGGCGUCGGCGUCGGCAGGGGCGGAGGAGGCCAAGCGCGCAAUCAAUGCGCUGGAGCGGCAGCGGCGGGACCACAUCGCCGCCUCCCACCCGUACCGCCGGUUCCCGGUGGAGAAGCUGGAGGCGGCGGCGGAGGCGGUGGUGGCCACGGCGGAUGUGACUAUGCACGAGCGUGCCUGCACUUCCUUUGGCAGGCCGCUGGUCCUCCGCGCCUUCAACAGCAAGCCCGACGCGGCGGCCUUCAUCCGCGCCGCCGGCUUCUCCGCCACUUCCUCCGCCGCCUCUCAGCCCCCCCACCAGCCCCACCAGCAGCACCAGCAGCGGCGUGACGCCAGCAGCUGGGCGGGACCGCGGCAGCACUCGCCGCAUCAGGCGCAGGAUGAGUACGGCGCCAUCUACACGCCGCCUCCGCCGCCGUUUGCGGUGGAGCACGCCAGCUUCUUCCCGGCCAUUGUGCGGCAGCAGGUGCUGUACGACGAGCACGGCUGCGGCCAGCAGCUGCGGCUGGAGGUGCUGCCGCCCGGGCCCUCCGACGCCGACGUGCAGUACCUCACACACCCGCCCGAGUCCCUCACGGCCGCACGAGCCGCGGCGGCGGCCUCGGCGGCGGCAGCCCGGCCGGGUCCGCGGCAGCAGCAGAAGCCGCAGGAGCCGCAGCGAUGGCAGCAGCGGCAGCAGCAGCAGCGGCAGGGCGCGCCGCCGCCGUCGGGCCGCGGGCCAGUGGUGGCGGUCGCGGCGGCGGCUGUGGCGGCUGUUGGCGUGGGGGCGGGUCAGGCGGGGCCGGGUCAGGCGAGGGCGGGUCAGUCGGGGGCGGGUCGGGCGGGGGCGGGUCGGGAGGGCCGCCCGACGGGCACCGCGUCGGAUGUGGCUGUAGCAGCAGCUGCGGUGGCUGUGGCAGCGGCUUCGGUGGCUGUAGCCCGCGCGGGGCCGCGCAAGGGCAGCGCGGACGCAACUGACGGCUGGGAGGUCGCGAAGCGCCGCGGGCGCAAGCCCAAGGCCGUGGACGGUCUGGGUGCGGGCGGUUCCAAGCCGGCUGCAGAGGCACCCGCGGCACACGUGGACGGCGGAGCAGCCGGGACGCCGGCGGCGGCGGGAGAGGAGGAGGCCGCCCAGCGCAAGCGCGGCCGGCCGCGUGGCAGCAAGAACAAAUCCGCCUCUCCCGCUGCCUCCCCCGCCGCCUCUGCCGCUGCGCCCGGCACUGCUGCUGGCGCAGCGGCCGCAGCCCCGCGCCCGAUGGCGCAGCCCGCGCCGUCAGAGGCCGUGGCGCCGCUGCUGCCGACUGCGCCGCCGCCCAUGCCGAGCAGCCGGCUGCUGAGCACCGCGCUGCAAGGCACGGGCAGGGCGCCGCCGCCAGCCGCCGCGGCGCCGCCGCCAGCGACCUCGCAGGCGCCCGCCGCCGCUGCGUACGGAGCGUACGGCGCGCAUGUGAGCUACAACCCGCUCCAGCCGCAGCCGCAGUACCAGCAGCCGUACCAGCAGUACGGCGGCGGUGCUGGGUACUACGGCAGCCAGGUGGCAGCGCAGCCGCAGUACGGCAACGGCGCGUACGGCACUUAUGAUCAGCAGAGGCCGGGCCCUUACCGACCGCUGGGUAUGGCGGGAGGUGCGGCAGCUGGCAUGUACGGGCAGCAGCAGCCGUACCAGCAGCCGUACCAGCAGCCGUACCAGCAGCCGCCGCAGGCCUUGCCGGUGCCGGUGCUAGUGCGGCCGCCGCCGUACCGUCCGCUGUCGCCCACGUCUUCGGCGGCGGCGGCUGCAAAUGCGGCGGCGGCUGUGGCGGCCGGCCCCGCCCGGGGUCGCGCGGCGCCCGGCGGUCCGAGGUGGUCCUGACUAGCCGAGGCAGAGGAGCGAGCGCACGACUGAGCUGCGGCGUCGGGGUAAGGCCGCGUUGUUAGCUGUGGGCUGCUAGCUAAGUAUGGUAGUGUGCGUGAACGUGAGGGCCUUUGGAAGGGCUAAGACCGAUAUAAAAACAUGGCAGGUGGAGUUCUGCAAGUGCUCCAAGGGUCGUAGUGAUUUGCGUCGAGGGCGUAAGUCUUAUUGGUCGCGUUUGUGUUGCGCGAAGUGGAGCGGCAGUUCUCUUCUUGUGCCGCGAUGAGCGGUGUGUGUGGGGGUAUCAGGUCUGCCGUUCCACGUGACGUCACAAGCAGACUCCGGAGGUGUGGGCGCAGCUACAUGCAAGCGGUUCGCAAGCGGGUCAGUGUCUCUUUGCCAGUCCGUAGAGUUCGCAGGAGACUGUCAUAUUCUUCUGUCGGACAGCCGCGGGACAGUCGUAGUAAGCGGUACGAGGUCACACGCGGUGAGUGAUGGUCGCUGAAGGUCGACCGCUCCAAGAUCGGGGGUCUCACGCUGCGCGUUGGUUUUGACGGGCUGUCUGCGCGGGUUUCGCGCUAGCUGAAUUCGUGCUUAUGUUGCGACGUGAAGUUGUAACUAUGUCUUGUG